GGUGAAAGUAGGGUACGUGUGCUGCUGUUCGGUACUUUUUCACUCUCAUAGCCCGGUGCUGACCUUUGCUUCUCGGUCCACUUGGCUUUGUAGGCAGCUCCGUAGUCCUCACAGUCAAUUGGCUGCUGUCCCCUCCUCUGUCUUCACGCGCUUCCUAUUACGCAGCGCAUCGUGGCCAAAAAACACUGCGCGCACAAUCGCACGCGCACAUUAUGUGGCGUGAGUGCGCGCGUCCUACCGCUGGAGCCCAAAGUCCUACCGGUCUGCAGUCUUUUAUUGGAAUGUGUACACAUUAACAAGGUUAUCCGCGUCCUGAACACCACAAGUUACUGCCAGCUGCGCCGUGCUGCUGCAGCCGGGAAGAGGACGCACAGAGCGGGCAGGCGGCGACACGGGACUCGGAGGAGGGAUAUCGGUGUUGCAUCGGCUGAGCCAUGACCGAGAAACGCAUUUCGCGGUGGUAUUUCGGUGGGCUGGCGUCCUGCGGGGCCGCCUGCUGCACGCAUCCUCUGGAUCUGAUUAAGGUGCACCUGCAGACGCAGCAGGAAGUGAAGAAGAGGAUGAUGGGAAUGGCCAUUCAUGUGGUGAAGAAUGACGGGGUGCUGGCUCUUUACAACGGCCUGUCUGCUUCUCUGUGUAGACAGAUGUCCUACUCCCUCACCAGAUUUGCCAUCUAUGAGACAGUGAGAGACAUGAUGGGCAGCACAAACAAAGGCCCCAUGCCUUUCUACCAGAAGGUCCUGCUGGGCGCCUUCGGAGGUUUCACUGGUGGUUUUGUGGGGACUCCAGCAGACAUGGUGAAUGUCAGGAUGCAGAAUGACAUGAAACUACCACCAGAACUGAGGAGAAAUUAUAAAAAUGCCAUUGAUGGGCUUUUCAGAGUCUUUAGAGAAGAGGGACUGAAGAGGCUGUUUUCUGGAGCCACCAUGGCGUCCAGCAGAGGAGCCAUGGUCACAGUGGGACAGUUGGCGUGUUAUGACCAGGCCAAGCAGCUCGUGCUGGGGACAGGCAUAAUGGGAGAUAAUAUAUUAACUCACUUCCUCUCCAGUUUCAUUGCUGGAGGCUGUGCUACAUUCUUGUGUCAACCUCUGGAUGUGAUGAAGACGAGGCUGAUGAACUCAAAGGGAGAGUACACAGGAGUAACACAUUGCCUUCGGGAAACUGCCAAACUGGGGCCUUUGGCAUUUUACAAGGGUCUCGUUCCUGCAGGGAUUCGUUUGAUUCCUCACACAAUACUCACCUUCAUCUUCCUCGAACAGCUAAAGAAAUACUUUGGCAUUCGGAUCAUCUCCUGAGCACGCUACGUGUUCUGCCAGUCUUCACCCAGCCAACAUCAUCACUGCCGUUCACAGCUCCCCGCCGUCGCCCUACUCCUCAUUUUUACAAAAGGAAAACAUGCACAGCUCUGAAGGCUCAUGCAUGUUUCCCUCCUCCUUUUGCUCUACCUCCUUUCUCACAACUAGAAAUGAAAUCGGUUAAUUGUGGAGGGAUGUGUAAACGAACAACAUAUAAUUCUCCUUCGUCAACAGUAGAUCAUCAGUUUAAAAGAGCAGUGCUAUAAACACACUAGGAUAGGAUUAUUAGAAUCACCUGCCAUCUCUAAGAUUAACUUGUCAUAUAUGUUAUACAUAGAUGGUCACUUUCAUGAACACUUAUAUGUGAGACAGGUGAUGUGAUUAUGAUCAGGGGGUUGAUGUUAAGUUUAGAAGACCCCGCAUUAUUCCAUUGUCAUAAUAGUGACACUAGAUGUUUACCUAAUUCCACAUCACGUUUAGUGAUUUGUAUGUUUUAAUCUCUUCAGUAGUCGAGUCCAAUCCUUUUUGUUCAACACUUUCAGAGCCCAUGAGUUUGUGCCAGCAAGAAGUUUUGAUGAUUUAGCCUAAGCCAAAAUAUACUUGAAAACGUGCGAAAAGACACAGUGUAGCCUUGUCAUCAGUGCCAUUCUGACCCGUCUCUAAUAUGUCCUGAAAGUCAUUACUUAAACAUGACUGAGUUUAGUUUUAUGUGAUGUUUUAUGUUGGGACGCACAAGGCUGAGAGAGAUUAUAAAAUAACAAUUUGUCCCAUGGCCAACACCAAUGUGUGUGUGUGUGUUUUUUUUUUUUUUUAAUUUAUUACCCCUGUUAUGCCAGGGAAACACGGUAAUCUACAAUAUGUGAAAACAAUUGCACCCUAUUGAAGUCUUUGGUCUUUUAUCAUUUUUAUUAGGUCGUCCAAAUUUACGACGCAAUCUUGAAUAUUAACACAACAGAUAAAAAUCACAUUCCACUUCCAUCGGUGAAUACUACUGUAUUUGUGAUUGCCCACGUCGGUCAGCAAGGCCAGUACUGGCCGACUGGUGCAUCCUUACUUUUAUGUUUUCAUAAUAAUUCCAUAUCAACCAUUCCCAUCAUUAGUGACUGAAUGUAACCAAACCUGUAUUUUACUGUAAUAUUUAAUUUUGUUUACUUUGUUUCAGAUAUUUUAGAACCAGACGUCAAUAUGUAGCAGGUUAAAAGUUGUCUGAUUCCCCUUUACCUUAUUUUUAAGAUCUGUAAUGAUCACUGCUAAACCAAACAUGUUAAGUUUGGAAACUGGCAUGGGUGGGAGCAGAUUAAGAAUCCACAUGCAGGUUCAUAUGACAGUGGCUCUUUGCAAUCACACUCAUGUUUUUUCUUUCAGAACCACUAAAUGACUUUCAAUCCUUUCUGUUUAAAUAAAAAAUGCCUGCUGCUGAAUUUCCUAAGAAGCCUGUAAACCAACUACUGUACAGAAGAAGUGUACAUGUAGCAUCUCCAUCCCUAGUGAUACUGUGUAGUCUAGGUGAAUGCAUGUGAGACUUUAAGACUCAGGAUGCUACUCUGUUUUUAGAGGCACUUUAUUGAAACCCUGGACUCGUACUGACUAACCUGCUGCAUAGGAACACAUGCUGUAUACUAAAAUGUUUGUAGAGCUAUAAAUGAUAAUUAAGUUUUACAUGUAAAAUGGUACCACAGAGGUCUAUGUCAUAAUGUUUGACUGUUGAUACUUACUGUCCUAUAGUAAUGUUGUCUUUUUUGUUCAGUGAUAUUGUAGUUAAAUUAGGUGUUCUCUGUACUGUGCCUACUCUGUUGACACAGACAAGUCAUGUUGCCUUACAGUUUGCAUCCUGCAGGGGGCAGUGUAGUAAUGUCAACAAUACUGACUGUGCUGAACCUGAGUGAUGCCAUCAAACUGUCCUAAAGAUCCUGUAUCCUUUAGCCAUCAUCAUACUUUAAACAGGAGGAACCACAGUUCUGGAUGAGUUUAUAUUUUGUAGAUCCUUAACUAAUCAUUUUUGAUUAAAAAGUACUAAUGGGAAA